UGUCAACGCAACCAAACAGGCACUCUAUGGACAUAGAGGAAAGUGUCUGUUUACAGUUUUAAAUUCUUGCUGUGUUUUAAUCUAACCGGUCAGCAUGGCUGAAGCAGUGAUGCCUGCUAUAGGAUCGUUUCCAAGUGUUCAAGCGAUGGAAGGAAAACAGUUCAAAGAUCUGUGCAUGGUGGAUGGGUGUGCACGGAGCAGCGUUACAGGUGGCACAGACAACCCGCUCAUCGAAGUGGAGUUCAGCAUCAUGCAGUCUCCUGCUUUACCUCCCAGGGAUGACGACGAGCUGGGGAAAUUCUUGGACCUCGAGUUCAUUUUAUCUAACACCAUCGGCUCCGACGACAACGGGAACAUUUCUCCUCCGCAGCAGUGCGCGUAUUCCCUGCCUGAGUCACCGGAGAGCUGCAGCGGUGGUUCUGUGCCAGACUGCAGCGAGUACCCUCCCUCUCACCUGGCCCCACAGAGCUACCAAGAUACCGUGAGCUUUGUUGGCUCGGGCCCAGUCCGAAGUCUCAUGGAGGAGCUUCUCACGCCAGAGAUGAGCUACCCGGGGGAGAGUUCACCAGACAGCGCAGGCAAGGCGAGAGACGGGCGGGAGUAUACCGAACUGCGAGCGCUGAAUCCUGUCCCCCUUCCAGCGACUCCCGCUCAUCACCAAGUGGCCACAUCUCCUCCGCCGCUUGGAUACAAAAUUAAAACCGAGCCUGAAGGCCAGUCAUGUAUGAUGGCUGGUGGUGGUGGAGACUUUAUGGGACAGAUGUAUGAGAGACACCAGAUGCGCUCCGUACACCCAGCAGAUUUUACGCACCACCAAGCUACAGUUCCAAGUGCUUUGUCAGGAUUUGGUGCGCACCCCAUGCAACAUUCUGCGACUCAGGGACGUCCAGACUGCCAUUUGGCGCAAAUACACUCCCAUCAUCCCAAUCGACACCAUCUCCAAAACCAGUACGUGAACGCGCCCUACCAGCCGCAGUACGCACACCAGAGGUUGCCACAGUUUCAAGGACAGUACAGCAUGCACAGAGAGCCUGUCCGCGUUCACCAGCAGCACCAUCCAGCUUCUUUGCAGGGGUUGAUGCUCACUCCUCCAUCGUCGCCAUCGUUGAUGGACUUUUACUCGCAGGAUGAGGUGGGGGUCGUCAAACAGAAGCGAGGCCGCAGGUCGUGGGCAAGAAAACGCGCCGCAACGCACAGCUGCGAGUUCCCUGGUUGUGGGAAAACCUACACCAAGAGCUCUCACCUCAAAGCCCACAUGAGAACACACACAGGUGAAAAGCCCUACCACUGUAACUGGGAAGGCUGCGGCUGGAAGUUCGCCAGGUCAGAUGAGCUGACCCGUCACUUCAGAAAGCACACAGGACACCGACCUUUUCAGUGUCACCUGUGUGAGCGUGCUUUUUCCCGUUCAGAUCACCUUGCUCUUCAUAUGAAGAGGCACAUGUAGGUCACAUUAAACUUAUGGACACUUUUGUAUCCAACUCCAUCUUGGGAUCAUGCCCGGAGCAUCCCAGAAGAAGCACAAGCUGGCCCCUCACUACUGGAUAGUUUGUUCAUCUGGCCCAAACCAAUGAAACAAAACGUUCAUGUGGUGCCUUGGUAAAGAGAAGCAACCUGAUCCUCACAGGAACAUGUUUUUCAAAAGUCAAGUGCCUCUCCAUCAGAAUGAAUGCAAGUGUACAUAUCUGUGGAUAUAUGAAUAACUUAUAGUAGUUUGUAUUUAAGACAUUCCCUCACUCUGCCUUUUAAUAAGUUAUUGUUUGUUAGUGAGUGCCUUAGCAAGACUGCAUAUUUGCUUCACAAGAGGAAAACUUAUGUGGGCAGGACCCAGAAUUUUGUUCAUAUGUAUUUUUGUAAUGUAAUCUUUGAUACUACUCAAAUCAGGUCAGGGUUUUUAUAGACAAUUUUUCAUUAUAUUUUCUCAAGGUUGUUGUUAGAUGUUAUAGAUUUGCUACGUAUUGUUGGUUAGGCAUACAUUUCAGGCCUUUACUUUGUUCUGUAGAGGUUUACAAUGCCAACAAAUUCAGGUACUAAAAUGCAUUUUCAGUCCCAUUUUCAGGAUUACAAACACCAAGCUAAUAAACCCUCACAUACUAAAUUCAAAUGUUAUUUACAGCUCAGUGUUUUCUGGGGAUGCAACAUGUACAAUGUAUUUUGUUUAGGAAGGUGUGUUUUUUUGUUUGUUUUAAGAACGAAGAACUCCACUGCAACCAAUGGUUGAACUGCUGUACUUGAAACAGAAUUGCCAUUCUUAAUUUUUCAUGCAAUGCAAUUGUUUUAUGUGCUAAGGGCUCAGAAAAUAAACAUACUUUUACAAAUA